AUGGGGAAGGAGAUCGUAAUGUUCCCGCUGGCCGCAAUGGGCCAUCUCCACCCCAUGGUGGAGUUGGCUAAGCUCUUGGCCUGCCGCGGCGUCUCCAUCACCAUCCUCAUUUCCCAGUUUCCCUCCAUCGAAACCAAAGCCAUCAACUCCUUCAUCUCCCGCGUCUCCCACCACAACAUUUCCUUCCACCACCUUCCCACAGUCUCCCCACAUUCUGAGUCCGAAUCCGCCAUUUUUCUCGACUACUUUCACCUCACCCUCCCCCACCUCAAGGACUACCUCUCCGCCUCAUCUGCCCAUGCAAUCGUCCUUGAUUUCUUCUUCGAUCCUGCCUUUGAAGUCGCCGCCGAGCUCCAUCUUCCCUGCUACUUCUUUUUCUCCUCCAGCGCUUCCCUCCUCGCCGCCUUCCUCUACCUCCCUACUCUCGACAAUCAAUUGAACGCAAGCUUUAAGGACCUCGGCGACACCCCUAUCUACUUCCCUAGUUUUCCAUGUCCGAUACCAGCCUCGGACAUGCCGAUGCGAGUCGCCGAUCGAACCAGCGAGAUGUCCAAGUCGCUGAUCGUUCAGUACGAGCGACUUGCCAAGUCAGCCGGAAUAAUUUAA